UCUCUCCACUCUUUCAGUCGCUCUCUCUCGCUGCCGCCCCGCCUCCUCCGCCAUUCCGGCCCGUAUCCUCCGACAGUAGAAGGUAAGCAUAUACCGCGCCUCUUCUCUCUCUGUAGCAGCUGUCCGAACUUGAUUCCAAGUUUGUUGUCGCCGGAUUCCGGCAACUCUAUGCAUGUCGUGCCCCCAAAUUAUGUAAUCCCUUUUUAACCAAUGUAUAUGGACUUUUAACUUCAAACCAAAUAAUGGCCCUACCCAACAUAGCUACCAAAGUCCAUAACAUUAGAACUCUGAAUACCCCGUCCAGCAACUUUCCAUUCCUGUUGCCAGACCCUGUCACCAUCACUGAUCUAUUACUCCAAUCAAACAAUCCAGAGUCACUAGCCCAAUGCAUCAACACUGUUUCUGCGUGGACUCCAGGUUUAGUCCAAGCAAUUCUUAAACGCCUCUGGAACCAUGGCCCUAAAGCCCUUCAAUUCUUUAAACUUGUUGAAGACCACCCAUCUUAUACACACUCAGCUAUUGCUUUUGACCAUGCUAUUGACAUCUCUGCACGAAUACGAGACUACAAAACCAUGUGGACCCUUGUAUGCAAGAUGAGAUCCAUGAGAUUGGGCCCAUCCCCUAAAACCUUUGCUAUCAUGAUGGAGCGCUAUGUCUCUGCUGGAAAGGCUGAUAAGGCUGUGAAGAUAUUUCUGUCUAUGCAUGAACAUGGCUGCCAACAAGAUUUGAAGUCAUUUAAUGCAUUGCUUGAUGUAUUGUGUAAGUCGAAACGGGCAGAGAUGGCAUAUGGGCUUUUAAAAGUAUUCCGGGGAAGGUUUAGAGCUGAUGUUGUCAGUUACAAUAUUAUCGCAAAUGGGUUUUGUUUAAAGAAGCAAACUCCACGAGCCUUAGAAGUUAUGAAGGAGAUGGUUGAAAGGGGCGUGGAACCAACAUUGACCACAUAUAAUAUACUCCUUAAAGGUUAUUUUAGAGCUGGGCAGAUUAAGGAAGGAUGGGAGUUUUUCUUACAAAUGAAGAAAAGGAAAAUUGAGAUUGAUGUUGUGACCUACACAACAGUCAUUCAUGGGUUUGGUGUGGCAGGUGAGGUUGAGAGGUCAAGGAAAGUAUUUGAUGAGAUGAUUGGAGCUGGUGUGCUACCUUCAGUCGCAACUUAUACUGCCCUAAUCCAAGUUUUGUGCAAGAAGGAUUCUGUUGAAAAGGCCAUUGUAGUAUUUGAGGAUAUGUUAAUGAAAGGUUAUGUGCCAAGUGCAACUACCUACAAUGUAAUCAUCAGAGGAUUGUGCCACGCUGAAAAAAUUGAUAUGGCUAUUGAGUAUAUGUAUAAAAUGAAAGAUGAUUGUGAACCGACAAUUCAAACAUAUAAUGUUGUCAUUAGGUAUUGUUGUGAGGAUGGUAAACUUGAGAAGGCUUUAGAGAUUUUUGGCAAGAUGAAUGGUGGGUCUUGUUUGCCUAAUUUGGAUACAUACAAUAUCUUGAUUGGCUCAAUGUUUGUACGGAAGAAGUCUGAUGACUUAUUGGUUGCUGGGAAGCUGUUGAUAGAAAUGGUUGAUCGAGGAUUCAUGCCACGAAGGCUUACCUUCAAUCGUGUUCUAAAUGGGCUGAUGCUGACUGGUAAUCAAGGAUUUGCACAAGAGAUUUUGAGGCUGCAAAGUACAUGUGGCCGUCUUCCUCGUCAUUUUAGAUUGUGAAUGCUUCUGUUUUAUUUGCAUUUGCACCCUUCCCCUGAAGUGAAAAAUGAAAUUGCCAGAUGCCAAUAUCCACAUGUUUAGGCUUGUUUUUUUGAGACAGGCUGAUACCCUUAUUAUUCACAGUUCACAUGCA